AUGGAGCAUUCACAACAUCAACGCGCUGGUACUGCAGAUUUUCUUCCUGGACCAGGCCAGCAACAACGGUCUAAUCCAACUGCGCACUCUUACUCCUCGAGUUUACCUAACUUGGAAUCAAACGGGCACCAAAAUCAUACCCUAGACGCUCAGGGUUGCCCUCCCUGUUGCUCUUCCAGGGAUGCCUUUAGACAGCUAACGCGAGAUAUCUUGCAUUUGACCGUCCAGUCUACAAAGGAAGCCGGAAUUCCAGUUAAAUCAUUAGAUCCACAGAAGUACAAUCCCUCGGAAGCCAUGGAGGUCCCCCUCGCAUAUGAUAGUCAUUCAUCAUACAGCGGUGCUUCAGAAUACCAUGAAAGCAGUGGCCGUCAAAGUGUAUGGCCUGGACCCCCCGAAAAUGACUCGCGAAUUCACAGAGAGCCGUCCCCACCGAAGGCUUACUCCUAUCCCACGGAUGCGAGUCAGUACGGAAGACGCAUCCCCCAAUCCAAAUCCGACGGAAACGUAAAAUCAUUUGACUACGGAAGCCGCGACAACUCGAACACGACCAACUAUUAUCAAGACUGGGAAGGCCCAGCAAAGGUACCUCCUGUAGAACAAUACGAGGUAAACCGUGCGCCUCGUGGACGUGGGCGCUCGCGUUCCCCUACUAAACUCGAAGAUUUGGACGAGGAGACCGCCCUCGACCUAUACCCGCAGCAAAAACGUUCAAAGUCUCCACAUAAGAAGCUGUUUGGCGAAAAUGGAUGGUUAGGACGCUCGCCGGAUAUCAACGAUGUCCCCGCCGAAAAGAAGAAACCUGGUCUGAGAGCUCUUGGAGAGAAAAUUAAACAGAGAGUUGAGGAUAUUACGGGGUCCGGGUCCGUCCCUUUCCAGCCCAAGAUGCUCACUAGAUCUACUUGUCCAAUUUCGCUGGAUCCCCCAACUCAAGCAAAGCUUUACUCCGAAAUAGAGCUAAUGAUCUGUGUCACGGCAAACCAGUUUCUCGUCAGUCAGUACCAAGCCGGCUACAUGUCUGCAGAUUCCGUCAACAAGGUCGCCAAUUUUUGGGUGUCCAAGAGCAGACCACAGGUUGUUCAGUUCCAGUUUGACCAAGCUACGCAACGAGACUUGAUUAUCUAUAAUAUUCGAACAUUCAAGUUUCACGGCGAAUGUGCAUUUAACACCGUCGUUUUAAACGCGACUCUAUACAACUGGAAGACCAUGGCGAAGGAGAUGAGCAUUCGCACAUUUUGCUACCCUGACAGCGUGAUUAGGAAACAUAUGCAUGAUACCCAUAAGAUCUUGGAGAUGUUGGGAGGGCCACUGGUGACGUUCUUAGCCUUCCAGGAGCUGCAAAUGGGAGCACUUGCUGCCAUGAAGAAGGUCCAGGAGAAGCAGCUCAAGGAAGCUGAUGACAAGCAUGUAACGCAGGGGGCAUUCCACCCAGCGUCCUUCGGAAAGCGCGCAGCUUAA